GUACCUUAAACCCAUAGCGCUGUCAGCCGGACACUUGGAAUGACAACUGAAUUUGGUUUUGUUUCUAAUUUUUUUCUUGAAUCGGCAAAACCGAAGUUGUGUUGUGUGUUUUUCGGAGUGCAGCUGGUAGUGGCUCUUUUUCUUAAUAUGAUCGCUUAAAAUAAAUGGUCUGAUCAACUAAAACGUGAAGAAUCUUUCCGAAUCUCAUACGUUAUAAGAAUGUUGCAUUCGUUUCCAGUGAGUGCGAAAAGUGAAGCUGUGCACAGCAUCUGGUGAAUGCAUGGGCGAGAUUGUUGGUCAUAUCGCGAUUUGGCUUAUCACCAACGAGCUUCCUGUGCCGCUGCUAGUUGCAAGGAUUGUUGUGCAAAAUAAAAGCUAACGACAGAGUCGCGGUCCUACGUAAGCUAGAUAGAAUACUGAACAUCGUACAAUUUACGAUUGACCGUUGGUGAUAGUGUACAUUUGAGCUCAAAUUCGUGAACAGAUGGUGGAUUGAACAAGUGAAACACGUGUGGAAUUGUUGGUGUCAGCAAAUGAUAAUAACCCGUACCGUGAGCGGGAUCAUUUAGAUUUUCGUUUACCACUCACCCAUAAUUACAUUACGCGAUCAUUCCGAUCCCCUCGGUGCUAGUGUUUCUCAGUUUUACUAAAAAUCUCUGUGUUCUGUUGUGUAUGUAAAAAAAAUAUCAGUACUAGUGCAUUGGUGGUGCGAUCAACGGGGUUGAUUCAACGAAUAAGUUGGUGAUAUUAUAAUGAAAUUAAGCAGUCACGCUGCCUAGUACAAGCUAGUCAUUCAGUCAUAAUGUUUUAAACUUUUAUACCGUGGUUAGUUUCGGACGCAAACGUGUGAUUUGUUCUUCAAAACAUAGUUUAUACAUUGCAGUCACGGCAGACGAUCAUGGCAAAAUGAGUUUGCAAUAAGACAGUGUUUUAACCAAAAGUUUGCUACUUGUGUUCGAAGUGGACUUAUAAAGAAGACCCAACGGAAACCAUUUCUCAACGCUAUGAAAAUUACAGAUUUAGGGCCACGAAAUGGCAGCCAUCCGCGGACAUUCAUUACGUUGCUUUUCGGCACCGUACUGGGCUUCAUGUUUGCUACUUUCAUCUCAUCUACAACGAUGCGACAACCGUGGAUGCCCGAAAGUUAUCGUCAACGGGAACCACCGUCGAUUGUAAGUGAUCCACACACAGGCAACGAGCUGCGGGAAGCAGCCGGUCCGGAACAAGAUGUCGGACAGCAUGCAGCCCACGAAGAGGCGCAUGCACAUGAGAAUGCUUCGCUUGCGCACCAGUUACAACGGGAGGUGCGCGUCCUAUGUUGGGUGAUGACCAAUCCGAAAAAUCAUAAGACGAAAGCAUUGCACGUGAAACGUACGUGGGCCAGUCGAUGCAAUAAGGUGCUUUUCAUGAGUUCCGUUGAAGAUCCCCAAAUAGACUCUGUUGCACUGCCGGUGGGUGAAGGUCGGAAUAAUCUAUGGGCGAAAACGAAAGAAGCAUUUAAGUACAUCUAUCAACAUCACCUGGAUGAUGCUGAUUGGUUCAUGAAGGCAGAUGACGAUACAUACGUGAUUGUGGAAAAUUUGCGGUACAUGCUUUAUUCGUACUCACCUAGUCAUCCGAUUUAUUUUGGGUGCCGGUUCAAGCCCUACGUAAAGCAGGGUUAUAUGUCUGGCGGUGCGGGUUAUGUGCUGAGCAAGGAGGCAGUAAAACGCUUUGUGGAAGAUGCCAUUCCUAACCCCCUCUGUCGACAGGAUGACGAUGGUGCCGAAGACGUAGAGAUGGGUAAAUGCAUGGAGGCGGUAAAAGUGCUGGCCGGCGACUCAAGAGACUCGGUUGGACGAGGAAGAUUUUUUCCAUUCGUGCCUGAGCAUCAUCUUAUCCCAAAUCAUGUGGACAAAGACUUUUGGUAUCUGAAAUACACGUACUAUAAACCGGAUGAGGGUCUUGAAUGCUGCUCGGAUAACGCCAUCUCCUUUCAUUACGUGUCUCCUAAUCAAAUGUACGUGCUAGAUUACCUGAUUUAUCAUCUACGGCCGUACGGCAUUGUUGGCCACUCUCAACCUCUACCAAAGAAGUUCAGCCUUGGUGAUCUUGUACGGGUAGAUGAUCUAGGAAAGACCACCACGAAACCAUCAAACAAGCAACAACGACCGAAUAAACACAGCGGUCAAGCAGAGAAUGAAAAUCAGAAGGACGUUACGUUUAGUGAUACUGAAGCUAAAGAACCAAAUACCUAAUAAGAUCUAGUUAUAGUGCUAGGUUCCAAAUUGUAUCAUUAAAAGAGAUAAAGCUAGUGGAACGAAUUUGCACCGCGUGUGUAAAAUAGAGAUAAGCGACACUACUUGCAAUGGAUGAUUGAUAUGCGUGAAUGCGUGAUUUGAAGUGGUUGCGGUGAGUGAAUGGGAAAGUUGUUUUUGCUUAAAACAAAAAAGUCAUUUCGUUAUGCAAAAAAUCUUUUGUAAAACAAAGAAUUAUACAAAUGGAAAGAGUCCUCAAUAUUCGCAAAAAAUAUCAUUUAAUUUGCUGACCGGUUUUUUGUGUUUCCUAAUAGGAUAAUUGCUGUUAUCGGUCUCUUAUCACCAUAUUUUAUCAGAUUGCUGCGAAUACAUAGAUCGUAAAAUUGUAUCAACUGCUAUGAAAUGAUAGUUUAAGUCUUCAAAUCAAUUCAAACAUCUGCGAACUAAGUCAUACCACUCAUGUAUACCCCCCACAUCAGUAGGGUAUCUAUCGUUAGCUAACUCUAUCUAAUGUUGUAGUCAAUCUCAUUUUCAAUUUUCGGCAUUUAGUAUGGAAUUUUCAAACGAAUGAUGGAAUAUUUGCCAUCCAUACAGUUUUGUUCCUUUGACUAGACAAGUUGAUGAUUAUUUUCAGCAAGACUUUUGUAGGUUGCACGAUAAAAUGGCUUACUGGUUCCUUUUCUUUUAAUCUUUUGCGUUCUGCGAAACUUCCAAUGUCCAUUACCAAAUUGUUUACAAACAUUAGUAUAUGAAUCUCGAGAAAUCUCGAAACGAUAAUGAGCAUAACCAAAUAUUAUACUUAAGUUUACAUUAUGGAAACUAAUCUAAUUUACUUUGGGGCAUCCAAUAUGAAUUAUGUAAAUUACCUGCAAAAUAUGUUGAAGAGAUCGUAUCAUACGUCUUAGUCAGCUGAGUAGAACCACUAUGUUUUUAUAUUGCAUUACUAUGAUAUUGAUAGGUUAACGAAUGUGCUCUCAUGUGUUUAAUUGCUUAUAAUUUCUUUAUCUUUAUACUCUUUGCUUUUUUGUAGUUGCAUACGAUCGUAUAUAUCUUAAUGAUCAAUGUGACUAUUCGUGUUCUAUAGGAAAUUUGUUUUUCAUUUUUGUAGUUGUAGUACAAGUUGCUAUACAGAAUGGACUCAAUUUAUGUCCUACAAUACUUCGAAAUCUUUACAUCUUUCAUGAUAUGCAUUCAUUCCUCAACUAAUGUAUAUCUGUGUAAAAAGUUUUCUUUAUGUUUGCCACAGUUUGUUGUAGUGUCAUCAUUCGAUCUCAUACACAAACAAAACCAAGAAGAAAAAAAACAGCAAAGUUGCCAUCACAUUCAGGAAUAUUAGUUAUGUUAAGGAUAAGAUGUUUCUUUUAAAGUGUUCGUUUUGUUUUACAUGUUUCAGAUAAAACAAUAAAUCAACACAAUGGAAAAAAUGAAUAGCAAAAGUGACGAUUUACAUUAAUGUACGAAGGUUUAAAAAAACGAAGAGGGAUGUGGAUUAAUCAUCCCGAAGAAUUAUCAAAAUACUCCCUGAAACAGAACAAAGCGUAGCUGUAAGCUCUGACGCAUGGCAAAGCAUAUUAACUUGAAUAAAGUAAAUUAUCAAAUACUAAAAAAAGGUCGCCUAUGGACAAACUGAA